GUGAACUACCUAAUGAUCUAAAAUAUUUAGAACCUGAACCAUUACUAAAAACUGAAGGAUUGUCAUGGCAAUUUCAAAAAUCUGAUGAAUUGAUGAGCACAUUUAAAGAUGCAUUAUUAAAUCAUUAUGAAAAUUUUAUAUCAGGAAGAAUCGAUAAAACAUUAAUACCAAUUUAUCUAAUUUUAGCUGGUUCAGGCACAGGUAAAUCCAGAAUAGCAACAGAACUACCACAACUUGCAAAAGAUUGUGCUGUCAAUCAUUCAGAAUUACAAGAACGAUUGAAAAGUGCAUUAGUUUUUAAUAUUUCUUUUGAGAAUGGCACAGCAUUAGAUACAAAUAAUGAAAGAGAUCCUGAUAUAGCAAUAGGAAGUAGGAUGUUAUUUCAACUUUUACCUAAUUGGCAUAAUAAUUGGAGUAAAUUUAAAAAAAUAUACAAAAUCACACCAGUUGAAAUAUUAGAAAAAGUUGCAGAGAAUCUUGAUAAAAAACUUGAGGAUUUAGCAAUAUUUAUUACCAUAGAUGGCAUGCAAGCAGCUGAGACAAGAGAUGGUGAUGGGUUAAAUAAAACAUCCCUAUUAUAUUCUUAUCUUACUACAAUUUCAAAUCUAGCACGAUCAAAACUUUUUAUCAUUGGCACUUGUACAGCAACCACUCAUCGUCCUAUUGAACAAUAUCUAGCUAGUUCUACUCAAAAACGAGUUUUCCUUCCUAUUGUUUCUUUGUCACCUCCAACAUAUUUAAUCAAUAAGAUACCUCAAAAAGUUUUUCCAGAUCAUCCUAUUAUUAAUAUGCUUGUUGAUGACAUGGGUGGACAUGGACGUGCUUUAGAAGUAUUACAAAAUUCACUACAUAACAGAGACAUUGACAAUUGUAAUUUUUCAGAUUUGGUGAAUAAUAUAUGUACACAGCUAGAGGAUCGUUACAAUUACUGGUUAACUAAAGCAAAUGAAUUUAAGCCUCUCCUUCGUGUUAUUUUAGCACAUCAGAUAAUAGAAUUGGAUCAUCCCAUUCCUGGUACAGUUUUUUUUCCAGAAGAUUAUACCCGUUUGGGUUUAGUUAAAUUUGAGGGAUUGGUAGAUGGUAAAAGUCGUAGAGGAUAUUUGACUUGCCCUUAUAUUUGGCUUUGGAUGAUAGCUCACUUCACAAAUGAUCCUAUUUUAAAAGAUUGGGACUUCAAUUACAUUCAAGAAACACAGCAUAUGGAAAAUACCUCACUUCCUCCAGGAUUACAAUAUUGGCAACACUUUGAACAUUUUGUUGCACAUAUUCGAGUUCUCAAGUCUCACAUAUUUGAUAACAAUGAAUGGAUUUCAUUAGGAAAACUUUAUAAUGGUGCAAGACAUUCAUUUGGUGAUACUGGGAUUCACAAUCAACAUUUACAGUUGGAAAUGGCAAAGGAAUGGAUGUCAACACAAUCAAGCCAGUGGCAAAAUGUACAGUGUGAGAAUAACAUAAUUGAAAUCAAUGACUAUUACAAAUAUUGUAUAAUAAAUGCACCUAAUGCACCAGCUGGUGAUUUUGUUUGUGGGAUACGUACCAAUAAAGAUAAAACAGAUAAGUAUGUGAGUGAGGUUCAUCAAUGUAAGUUGUUGAAGGAAGGUUCAGUUAACCAGAAAAACUAUAUGGAAGAGCAUGAAAAGGCAGCAGUUGAUGAUGAUGUAUUUAUAUUGUACACUUGUGGAGAAUCUAAGGUUGAUCUUCCAAAGUUAUCAGCCAUAGUUGAUAAAGACUGCUGGAAUGCUUAUUUUGGGGUUUUUUCUGGACGAACAUUUAUGUAUGCAAGAAUGGAUCCUCCAAAUUUAAAUACUGCUACCACCACUCAACUUACUGGUAUGAAAGGAAUAGGAAAUGAGUAUUCUCGAAGAAUAUUAGGCAAACGCCCAUUUAGAGAUUUAGAUGACUGUGAAUCUAGAACAAAAAUCCCCCGGACAUUACUUGAACAGUUUCAGUUAAAGUAA